AUGGUCGACAUCACGAAUAUUUCGUUCCCAGUUCCUCAUGUGACGCCUGAAGCAGUCACGGAUAACAUCUUUCCAUUCUAUGUCAAUAUGAAUCGCCAGAGUAUCAAUCCUCAAACAAACUCUUCUCUUUUCAAGCUCUCGGCGGAGAUCCGACAGCAGAUCUACGGCUAUGUCUUCCAGACUGUGCCCAACAAAGGCAGGAAGUAUCCGCUCAGGAGGUCUUGGAGGAGGCCAGGUUUCGAAGCCCCUCCCCGUGUGCACACCAAUCUGCUCCGGACCUGCAGCCUCGUCUACUCCGAGUGCUGGGCAAUUCCCACAAUGAACACUACCUUGAUCAUCCACGAGGGGUCGGAGCAGGACCGCAUUCCCGGUGACCCCAUUGCCUCGGCGCCCCAUCCGUCACAGCUGCUGCUUGGCCUCCCAGCUUGGCAGGUACUCCUUCUCCAGCACGUUCACAUCACGCUCACACAGUUCCAACUCGAGAGUGGUGUCCUUGAGUCCUGGUUGUCAACCCUCCAUAACGCCAGAGCCUCGGCUGGAUACUACGUUCAACGUUUUAUCAAGGCAAAGUGUUUUGACACCCCGCAGCUUCAGGACUUCGCCCGGACUGGGCUUAUGGACUUGAAGAUCAAAUCCCUCACAGUCAGGAUCAAUCGCCAGGACUGGUGGUUCUGGGACUACAUUCCCAUCGAAGAUCCCAAGAUCAAGAACGAGGCAGACCUUGACGAUGAGUUGAUGAGCUUGGACUCGGAAUCGGACGAAGAUGAACUAGAGCACAUCCUCCAACUUCCGCAGCCCCCUUCGCCAUAUUCCGUGAAGAACUUCAACCAACUCCACCCCUUCGCGAAUGACUUCGAGAUGACCUUCGCUCUCGAGACCUGGCGCAUCUUCGAAGCUCCGGGGCCCGACGGCGAGGACGGCCCCGAAGACAAGCCAAACUUCAUGGUGUGGGAUGGGAAAGUCCGCGAGGAGAGAUGGAAGAAGGGACGGAGCGACCACGGCAUAUGGUGGAUGACCAACUCCGGGAUGGAAGAAGAAGGCAGGCAUAUCGAGGCCCGAUACAUCCGGUUCGUCCAGGAGCGCUUCGUCGAGCCCGCCAACAACCCCCGAAAGAGAAAGUGGGAGCAGCCUCCUCGCAUUGAGGAGUUUUAA